CAUCCACAUCAUCCGUCCACGGUCCAUCCAUCUACCGGCCGAGCCACACGAGCCCGCCCAACGCAAGCGCACACCCCCAAACUCAAAACCCUACCACGCCGCCGAUGGCCUCGCCGCCGCCGCCUGCCCCGCGCCCCUCCUCAGCCGCCGGCGCCGCCUCGGCGGGCAAGGGCCGCGCCACCUCCGCUUCGCCGGUGGAUGCUCUCUUCCUUCAGAACCUUAUGAGUCGCGUCCAGCUCCGCCCGCCCUUCCUCGACACCAACUCUUUCCUCACCCAGGACCUCGACGACUUCCUCCUCAACGAGUUCGCCGCGCUCUCCGCCGCCGCCGGGGCGUCCGAUGACGAGGAGGAGGAGGAGGACGAUGACAGUGGGCUCUCCGGUGGGGAGGGCUCUGGGGAGGCGAGGCGGCGGCGGAUGCUGGCGAGGGAGGAGGCGAAGCUGGAGAAGGAGAUCGUGCGGAUGGUGCUCGCCGGGGAGGCCGAGGAGAAGCUCAAGCCCAACUCGGGCCAGUCCGUGGCCGUCGGCGACCACCACCUCUGCGUCGGCUUCCACGACGAGGCCGGCGGGGAGUACCGUGUGUGGGAGUGGCACGGCCACGUCAUGCUCUUCGAUGACGAGGAUGGGUACUCCGCCGAGUACAUCUACGGCAACCACUUCGAGCCGCUCGCCGCCGCCACCGCCAGGGCUAAGAAGAAGGAGAAGGAGAAGAGGGAGAAGGACCUGAGCAUGGGGCUGCGGGAUUUGGUCGUGGGUGCCGACGACGGUGGCAAUGGCAGUCGCUCCAAGGAGAAUGGCAGUAGCGGAGGGCCCAGAGUAGUGCGCAGGAACGUUGUCAAUUCCCCUGCCGCGCCUGCAAGGUAAAGGCUGCAACAGUGCAACUGCAAGAAGAGGCAGGUUCUGACUUCUGAGACUCAUCAGCAGCAACUGCUACUACUUAUUCUACUCCCUCCGUUUACAGAUAAUUGACAACGUUGACUUUACUAUUUAAAGUUUGACCAUCGUUUUUUCACAAAUACAUGAGCAAACAUUUAUAAGUGUAUGAUGUUAUGAAAGCACUUUUGAUAGCAUAUCAAGUGAUAUUUAUGUUAUAUCAAUCAACUAAAUAUUUAAAAAAAUUAUAGUUAGUUGAAGUGUAAAUAGUAAAAGUCAAAGUUAUCAAGUAUUUGUAAACGGAUGGAGUAUAUAGUGCAGAGCUGAAGACAAGCUGCUGGCCACACGAAGCAUCUAGUAAAUCAGAACGUGAUGGUCAUAUGAAACAAACUUCUUGCCGUAUUGGAGGGCUAGAGCCCUUUUAUUCCAGUAGCCUAUUUUUGCUGUGUUCAGUACCUGGGUGUUGAAAUGGCAGGCAUUUUUUUUUCUCUUAUGGCUCUUUUCAUCUAUUUCUUGAGCUUACAUGUCGCCAAGGAUCUUUCAGCUGGUAUUUGUUCAGAACAGCCU